GUAAACCCAUUGUGGACUGUAUUGACUGUAGUGUCAACUGUGUCGUGUGAGUGGUCGUGUGCAGAGCAAAGUAUUUCUAUCGAACACUCCCACUUUUAUUAAAGUACGGAUGCAAUAGACAACAUUUUGUGUAUCAUCACCAAAAUUGCCUCUGGGUUAGUGUGUGCAAAACAGUGAUCCAAUAUUCUUUAUUAGAAAAUAAAGAAGAGAUGAUACAAAAUGAAGAAGGUGAUGAGGAAAUAAACGAAGAUUCGUAUAGGAAUUCACAACGAACGAACUUGUUACUCACGGAAAAUAAUGUGCCGAUACGAAAACUCAUCAUCAGUAAUCUUGCAGCAAUGACGACACUGGAUAAUGUAAAAUCAUUAUUUUCCAAGUAUGGACCAAUAGAUAGUUUCUAUUCGAGACGAGACGUGGAGCAUAAAUGCAAGCGAGUAUUUGUCACCUUUAAUAGCGCUCAGGAUGCUUUAAAAGCCAGGAAGGAUGGAUGGAAGCAAGCAAUUCGGUUAAACAAUCGUAUUUUAUUAAUCGAACCAGCUUAUUCUUUCCUACAACCUGAUAGUUAUGACGAAGAACCUGUCCCUUUCAAAAUGAAAAGAGAAGAGAGUCCAGAAGCUAGCGAAAGACUCAACUUUGGAUCGAUAAACAAACUGAACGAAGACUGUCUUGUUUGCAUUUUCAAGCACUUACCUGUAGUUGACAAAAUUAGAAUAGAGAGAGUAUCAAAACUUUGGCAAUCAGCCAGUCAGAAAUCCUGGAGUCAAGUUAAAUUUUUACGUAAUGCUCGUCCUUUUGAUGAGGUACAAAGAGACGAAGAUGACAAAGCAUCAGUCAGAAACGAACCAUCAAAUACUCACGAAGCUAUAACCGACAUUUCCAUCGUCACAAAAUUACUACUACGUUGUGGUCGAUUUUUGAAACGCAUCGAGAUUUCGUCAGACAACGUGGACAUAAACGAGCAGACGAUUUUUAUGCUACCAGCAUAUUGUCCAAAUUUGGACCAAGUCAAAAUAAAUAGCAUUUCUAGUUCGAGUUGUUUACGAAGUCUGGCUUAUGGAUGCCAUGAAAUUUCAUUCUUGCAUGUAACUUUUGGUGGUUGCAAAGGCUAUCACGAAGAAGAUUUUUCAAAGUUAUUCCAAACCAAGAAGAAUCUUAAAGAAAUUAGCAUUCACUCUUAUCCCAUGACUGGGGAAUGUCUUUUACAUUUACCCGACACUAUCGAGAGGAUAUGUCUUCUUUAUUGUAUUUCAAGCUGCUUCUAUUUUUCUGAUGCUGUCCAGAAGUUCAAAAGUCUACGGGAACUUUCAAUAUACAAAGGCGAGAUUACUGGAUUAUUGCCGAUACUUGCGGAUUCUUGCGGGCGAAGUUUAGAAUUUUUGCAACUAAUCGCUUGCAAUUUAGAAUCUGAGGAAGAUAUGACACGAAUAGGAGAAUUUGAAAAUCUGCGACAUUUAUUUUUAUUCUCACAUUGGGUCACGGACCCGUUGUUGGAUGAUUUGGGACGACAAUGCAAAAAACUUUCAUCUGUGUGCCUGUAUGUUUCAGAUGGACGAAGAAGAAUGGGAGUCACAGACAGAGGAAUAGAAGCCAUUGCAUCUCUACCAGAUCUCCAAGUUCUCGAACUAACCGGAAUCUACACAACCGGCGCGUCUUUGAAGAAAAUGCAAAAGUUGCGUAAAUUCAAAUGCAAUGACUGUGGUUUGCUAACAGACGAAGCGUUAUGUGAACUCAUACGAAACGCACCCAACCUCGAAUUUCUUGGUGCUCUUAAUUUCAACUUUUCCCGCAAUCACUGUAAGGUUCUUGAGAUCGCUGUGGAAACGACGAAAGCCAGAAAAAAUGGUCUGUGCUUAGAAAUCAAAACUUGUAUGGAUGACAACGACUGGAUUUAUGUUCAGCAUAUGAGUAAAAACUCCCCAAAUUUACGGCUUGUUAAUGUAAAGCCGUCCAGUUUUUAAAGGAUUUAUAAAGCCGUGUUAUAGACUGUUAUGUGAUAUUCUAAAAAUUUGUUAUAAUAAAUGAAACUCAACCGCACGCUCCCUUGUUUAGGGCUACUUAACUGCGCGAAAAGUCAAGUUAAGUCAGUAACAAGCAGUUUAGAUAUACUGAAAUCUAAUUCAUAUUUAAGCGCCUAGCAUAAGAAUAGUAUAAUAUAUAAUAUAGGUAAUAAUAAAUAUUACACAUAUUAUAUAAAUCACCUUUUAUUCCUUUCAGACGUGACACUUUGAAUCUUGUCAACGCUUUUUAUGUACAACUUCGUAGCCGUUUAACAUUCAUGUUGAUGCGCAGAUCAAUUGAGAUUUUCAAAAAUAGUAAUAAAAAGUAGUUUUGUAACAAAAAAUUUCGACAUAAUUUACAAUAUGUUUCAAAGAA